AUGGAGCCUUCUAAAUUACACCCAACUCUCUCUCAAUCUACUUCCACCAUCAUCUCGGAAGACAACAAUCCAAAGCAAUCAACAAAAGGUCGUCAAGAAGAACAUAUUUUGUUGGAUCUGAUUGUUGGUAACAAGGAUUCCAAUGAAGGGUCGAAUCCGGAGCUCAACCUUAUUGAUUGUUUUAAGACAUCUGCUAAUUCUUCAACCCGAGAUUCAUUAGAGGAAGCUGCUACUACUACAGCUGUAACUCCUCAAGAAGGUAAUGAUGAUGAAACCGAGCCUCGAGUAUUUUCAUGCAACUACUGUCAAAGAAAAUUUUACAGCUCACAGGCGCUCGGGGGACACCAGAAUGCGCAUAAACGAGAGAGAACACUGGCGAGAAGAGGACACAGAUCGAUCAACACUUCAGCUUCUUUGUCUUUUCUUUACUCCAAUUCUCAACUAAACAGAUAUCCUAGUAUGGCGUCUCUUCCUUUGCAUGGUUCGUUCAACCGAUCACUGGGAAUUCAGGUUCACUCCAUGAUUCACAAGCCGUCUUUUGACUCUUCACCCAUCGCUUCUUCGAAUGUUUACGGGCAAAACAGGUGGCCGAGACAAGCGGCGUUUGGGAAACUGAAUUCACAAGAGAAUAAUUUUCAAGUGGGAUUAUCAAACUCUGGAUCAUCUUCUAGUAAUGGAGCUGCGAGAUUUGAAGGAGUUAGAAAAUUUCCUGCUGUAAAUGAAGGAAAUAUUGGAGGAUUUUGGUGCGAUUUUGUUAGCCCCUUUAAGACGAAACAAGAUGAAUUGCAAAAGCUGGACUUGUCCCUCAAGCUGUAAAGAUUCUCUUUUAAACUUUUCUUUCAUUAUUGUUUUUGUUAUUUCUCCUUUAUUUUUCAGUGUAGAUAGAUUUCC